AUCCUCGGGCCAUUCUUUCAACUCACUCUCAGUCCCACAGAUUUCGCGCUCAAUCCCCGUCUCAUUCCAUCUUCCCCUCUCCUGUCUUCACCUACUCGACUUGGCAUUUCAUUGCAACCCAUUAAAGGCGCCUUAGCUGUCGCCACCACCAUUUAAUCGCCUCGCCCGCCUACACGCUUCGGACUCCACAGAGCCUCUCGAUGAUCUGCCUCGCUUUUGUACCCGUCCGGGAACCUGACGCUUUUUUCUCAAGGUGGGUAGCUCGAGCCUCGUGAGCUUUUAUUAAACCCUCACCUGCAAUUUCAUGCUCUCCCUCCCUUUAUAUGCUCCUCCGUUCCUCUGAACUCUCUGUCCCUCACAAGCCCCCCAUCGACGACAAUGGAUCUAUCCUCGUACUAUCACCUCAUUUUCACUCUUCUGGCAGUGUUGGUUUCCGGGGUCAUCUUCUUCUUCUCGCGUAAGGCGGGAGGGAAGGGCCUCAACCUUCCCCCGGGACCUCCCGGCUGGCCCAUCGUCGGCAACCUCUUCCAGGUUGCCCGCUCGGGGAAGCCGUUCUUCAUGUACGUGGAGGAUCUCAGGCCCAAGUAUGGCCCGAUCUUCACGCUGAGGAUGGGGACUCGGACCAUGAUCAUCCUGGCCGAUGCGAAGCUCAUCCACGAGGCCCUCAUCGAGCGUGGGGCGCUGUUCAUGACCCGCCCCAGGGAGAACCCCACCCGGGCCGUCUUCAGCUGCUACAAGUUCACGGUCAACGCCGCCGUCUACGGUCCCGUGUGGCGGUCUCUGCGGCGGAACAUGGUGCAGAACAUGCUCAGCUCGAGCCGGCUCAAGGAGUUUAAAGGUAUUCGGGACGAUGCGAUGGACAAGCUUAUUGACCGGAUCCGGGCCGAGGCCAAGGCCAACGGGGGCGUCGUCUGGGUGCUCAAGAGUGCGCGGUUCGCCACGUUCUGCAUCCUCCUGGCCAUGUGCUUCGGCCUCGAGAUGGACGAGGAAACCAUCGGGGGGAUGGACGACAUGAUGAAGACGGUGCUCAUCACCCUUGACCCUCGGAUCGACGACUACCUCCCGGCGCUGAGCAUGUUCUUCUCCAAGGAGCGGAGGCGGGCGCAGGAAGUGCGGCAAGCGCAGCUCGACUUCGUGAUCCCGUUCAUCGAGAAACGCAGGAAGGCGCUCGAGAACCCGGGGUCGGACAAGUCGGCGACGUCCUUCUCAUACCUCGACACGCUCUUCGACCUCAAGGUCGAAGGGCGCAAGUCGGGGCCCACGAACGCCGAGCUCGUGACGCUCUGCUCCGAGUUCCUGAACGGGGGGACCGACACGACGGCGACGGCGAUCGAGUGGGGGAUCGCGCAGCUGAUCGCCAACCCCCACGUGCAAAGCAAGCUCUACGAGGAGAUUAGAUCGACGGUCGGCGAUCGGAAGGUGGACGAGAAAGACGUGGAUAAGAUGGUGUAUUUGAAUGCUGUUGUAAAAGAGCUGCUGCGAAAGCACCCGCCCACCUACUUCUCUUUAACUCACGCAGUGACUGAGCCGACCAAGCUAGCAGGCUAUGACAUACCCACAGAUGCAAAUGUGGAGAUCUACUUGCCCGCCGUCGGAGAGGACCCGAAGCUGUGGAAAAACCCAGAAAAAUUCGAUCCGGAUCGGUACAUUUCAGGCGACGAAGAUGCCGAUAUCACUGGUGUCAAAGGCGUGAAAAUGCUGCCGUUCGGCGUGGGGCGGAGGAUAUGCCCGGGACUUGCGAUGGCCACUUGUCACGUUAAUCUGAUGCUCGCACGGAUGGUUCAAGAGUUCGAGUGGACUGCUUAUCCGCCGGAAAGCAAGAUCGACUUCACCGGCAAAUUGGAGUUCACGGUAGUCAUGAAGAACGCCCUCCGGGCCACGAUCAAGCCUAGGGCUUGAGCCGAGAGGCCGGGAGGCCACGUGUUCGAUCUCUCGCGCUUUAUGUAAUUCAUUUUUUUUCAUGGGCUGUUCGAUUUAUCUAAACUAUACCGAUAAAACUAGGGGAUGGACCUUUUCCUUCCUGUUAGUUACUAUAACUAUAUGUCAGUGUCCUCUAUGAAAUCCGAUGUUCACUUGGAUUGGGAAGUUGAAAUAUGAGAAUACCAAUUUUACA